AUGGCUGUCGACAAUAUAAAGCAAUACGAGAUUGAUGUUUCAACGGAAAUGGAAAAAGAUGUUCUUCAUGAUGACGAUGAUGAAGAUCAUGGAGAAGGAAAUGAUGAAACUACCAGGCCUUUUGGUGCACAGAGGGAAGGUGUUUUUUUGACGUGGGAUGAUUUAUGGGUGAGUGUUCGAGAUGGGAAAAGAGGGAGUAAAUCCAUACUACGAGGCCUCACCGGGUACGCUCGACCCGGUGAACUCUUGGCCAUCAUGGGUCCUUCUGGAUCCGGCAAGUCCACGCUUCUUGAUGCCUUAGCAGGGAGGUUGGACUCGAAGUCAAAGCAAAGUGGAGAGAUUCUGAUUGAUGGUCGAACUCAAAGGCUUGCUUAUGGAACUUCAGCUUAUGUGACUCAAGAUGACAUCUUGAUAUGGACUUUAACAACCAGAGAAGCUGUGUAUUACUCUGCUCAGCUUCAACUGCCAAACACAAUGUCAAAGGCACAGAAAAGAGAAAGAGCUGAGACUACUAUCAAAGAGAUGGGAUUGCAGAGCUGCAUUGAUACCAGAAUUGGUGGUUGGGGAAGUAAAGGCCUGAGUGGAGGGCAGCAAAGGAGAGUGAGUAUUUGCAUCGAAAUCCUGACUAGGCCAAAGCUUCUUUUCCUUGAUGAGCCAACUAGUGGACUAGAUAGCGCGGCUUCAUACUAUGUGGUGGAUCGCAUUGUUGAACUCGCGAGAGAAUAUGGGAUGACAGUUUUAGCAUCCAUGCAUCAACCUAGCGCCGAAAUCUUCAAACUUAUCGACAAUCUUUGCCUGCUUUCGUUAGGAAGGACAGCAUAUUUCGGAUCCACUUUUGCAGUCAAUAAGUUUUUCGCGACAACUGGCUUUUCGAAUCCUGAUCUCAUCAAUCCAGCUGAUCAUUGUCUUAUGAUGAUCAAUACAGAUUUUGAUGAGGACAUUGAAUCAGGCCUUCCUGGAAAGCAAAACACAAAAGAAGUACUUGACAAGAUUGUGGAAUCUUACACAUCCUCAGAUUUAUAUAACCUCACCCUUGGAGAAGUUGCUCGCAUAAAUGCACAACAAUCAGGAGUGAUUGGGAAUACGAAGAACCGUCCCAGCUUUUUUAGACAGUGCCUUAUCCUCACAGAAAGGUCAUUUCUGAACAUGAAUCGGGACCUCGGCUAUUACUGGCUCCGCCUUGCUAUGUACAUUAUCCUUGCAUUUGGCUUAGGUACCGUCUUUUAUGACGUGGGGAACAGUUACAGCUCCAUUAACGCGCGAGCCUCUAUGAUCAUGUUUGUAGUGUCACUGUUAACUUUGAUGGCUAUCGGAGGGUUCCCCUCAUUUGCGGAGGAAAUGAAGGUUUUUGGUCGAGAAAGAUUAAAUGGCCAUUAUGGAGUUGCAGCAUUUGUCAUCAGCAACGUUGUUUCGUCAUUCGUGUUCUUGUUACUCAUAGCAGCAAUUCCUGGAGCAAUAUCCUAUUACCUUGUAGGACUAAAACGUUCAACUGCAAGUUUUGUCUACUACACAAUGGUACUUUUUGUGUGCAUCAUGUUGGUGGAAGGCCUGAUGAUGAUUGUUGCCAGUUUGGUGCCAAAUUUUCUGAUGGGACUAGUAAUCGGUGCUGGAAUGCAAGGAGUGAUGAUGUUAAGCGGAGGUUUCUUCCGAUUACCCGAUGAUCUGCCAAAGGUACUCUGGAAAUAUCCUCUGUAUUUCAUCUCCUUCCACAGAUAUGGAUUUCAAGGACUGUACAAGAAUGAGUUUGAAGGGCUCAAAUUUCCCAACAAUGGAAUAAUGGGAGGAUCAUCUUCAUGGAUUGAUGGUGAAACAAUUCUGAGGGAUGUUUGGCAGGUUGAACUAAGUUAUUCCAAAUGGACUGAUCUAGCCAUCUUGGUGCUCAUGGCUAUCUCAUAUAGGAUUCUGUUUUUUGGGAUCAUUAAGCUUAGAGAAAAACUCAAACCCAUUAUCAAACAUUUCUCUAUGGGCAUUUCUCAUGAAAAGGAGUAG